AUGAACUGGACAGUGGCAGCUUCUAAACAAGUUCUGGUGCAUUUACUGGGGGAGAUGAACAAUCUCCCAUUUUCUUCAGCCAAUGCAGAGGGUAAAGAAUUAUCACUGGACGAUUAUGAUAGGAUUCGAACACCGCACAAAUCGUUGGCUGACAACACUGAACUUCGACUACGUGCUGGUACCCUAUCGACCGAGCUUAGCUGCCCAAUAUGUCUGGACUUGUUAACGCAAACCAUGACCACCAAAGAAUGUCUUCAUCGAUUUUGUGCCGAAUGCAUAACAACGGCAUUGUUUCGUGGGAACAAAGAGUGCCCAACCUGUAGGAAGAAACUGGUUUCAAAACGUUCGUUGAGACCCGAUCCUAAUUUCGACUCCCUGAUCGCAAAGAUCUGGCCUGAUCGCAAGACUUAUGAGGACUUGCAAAAAGAUGCAUCAGAGAAGUUUGCAGCUCAGACCAAUAUGGAUGCACUUAGAAGUUCUAUCGAGGAGGGAAUCAAAGCGCAAGAGGUUAAUCGACGAAAGCGUGUACAGGGCUCUUAUGAAUGCGAAAAGCGUAAAAAAAGGCGAGAAGAGGACGGCUCAACUAAUGGUCCUGAUGAUGCCGCUGAUAAUGAAUCAAAUUCUCCAACUGAUGAAGAUGGAGAAGGAGCGGCACAGAUGUCGUGGACAGGUAACAACAACAAUAACAACAACACCGCUCCUAGUCUAUCCAAUGACUUCUUAGAAGAAGAGGAAAUUGUCGACGAGUUGGAUCUCUUAACAGAGGUAGGUCUUGCUCAAUAAAU